AUGGGAUCCAUUGACUCUCUCCCGGCCAUGAAGACCAAUCCGAAGGUCAUCUUUUUUACCGACUUUGACGGCACCAUCACAUUGCAGGAUAGCAACGAUCACCUAACUGACCACCUCGGGUUUGGGGCCGGCGAACGAAGUGCAAGAAACACUGCUAUUCUGGAGGGCAAGAUCACUUUCCGAGAUGGCUUCCGUGAAAUGCUGGACAGUAUCGAUGCUCCCUAUGACGAAUGUAUCAACUUUUUAUGCCAGAGGGUCACUCUCGAUCCUCAUUUUACCGAAUUCUACAACUGGGCCAAGGAUAACAAUGUUCCCGUUGUCGUUCUGUCAUCCGGGAUGGUUCCCAUAAUCCGCGCUCUCUUAGUGAAGCUACUCGGCCACGAACCGGAGAACAUCCAGAUCGUUGCCAACCAGGUCGCCAGCAGAGAUGGAAAAGAUAUCAACUCCAAGGGCGGCUGGCAGAUUGCUUUUCACGACGACAGCAGCCACUUUGGCCACGACAAGUCCUUGGAGAUUCGUCCAUACGCCGCCAUACCCAAGUCAGAUCGCCCGAUCCUCCUCUACGCCGGAGAUGGCGUGUCUGAUAUCUCCGCUGCCCGCCAGACAGACCUGCUAUUUGCCAAAAAGGGACACGACCUUACCAUCAUCUGCAAACGGGAUAACAUCCCGUAUACCACGUUUGAAGACUGGUCUACCAUUCUGUCCACUACCAGAGAUCUUCUCGAAGGCAAGACCACGCUAGACGAUGUUAUCUCCGCACAGAAACGCGAUAGCAACUAA